AUGAUGAUGCGGCUUAUGACUUUAGGACUCUGGGCCUUGACGAUUCUGCCACGUAUUGUUGUGGCACAUAUCAAUAUCAAUUACCCACUGGGUCAAUGGAACUUUACUGAAGAGGAGCAAGAAGAAGGUGCUUUCUGCGGUGGAGGGACGUCCGGCAGUGCGAGUGCAUGGCUCGCUCAAGAUCCAUUCAUUUCGCUCUCUGGAGAUGCGGGAGAGACCGUGACCGUGCGCUUCAUAUACUCCAAUUACAAUCCAAACGGCACCGAAGUCUUCGAAGGCUCGAUUGACAAUCCUGUCGACUUCAAUACCACGCUGGUCGAGAAUGUUACCAUCCCUGACUCCGGAAAUCUCUGCGUUGACACAACCUUACCCGAGUUGGCGAUUGGUGCGGUGGGCGUCCUUUAUAUUGCUGCUGUGGAUCCACAGACCGGCUCAAACGUCUCAUCUUGUGCUACGAUCGAGUAUAUCCCGGAGACUUUAGAAGGACAGCUAGUCCCGGAGACAAAUCUUACCUACCGAGAGUUCUACUGCUCCAACUCUACUGAUUUACCGGUUGCGGAGACGUCGUGUGAUUGCCACUGCCACGAUGCAGAGCCACACUGUACUGGUGUAUGCUCAGACGAGGAAAUUGAGGCUGCUAGGGAUCAAUGCACUGCUGAGUAUGAAUCGGGUGGCGGAGGUGAUGAAGAAUGCGACUGCCAUUGUCAUGGUGAGGAAGAACAUUGUAUCGGCAACUGCACUGAGCAACAAGAAACGGAAGCAAGGAAUGAAUGUGCAGCAUCCGCUACGGUUUCCAGUGCUACCACUGCACCAACCGCAACUGGAGAGUCUGGCACCGUUACAGCAACCGCUUCCGGGGCAGCAGCCACUGCAACUGAUGUUGGUUCUGCUGCCUCGAAUCUGGUUUCUAUGCCGGACCAAGUCAUUGGCUUCGCUGCACUAGUGCUAGCUUUCAUCUUCUGUUGA